AUGCAAAAUAACAGAGAUUCGGACUACCAAAUCACAGACAGUGCAAACUACGAUGAUGAGAGCGAGAAGGCAAUGCUCCCAUUUGAGGGGAUCGACAAGACAUCCACUCUUCAGCUCUGUCGCGUGUUCAACGCGGUGCCGCUCGACGUUGGGGCUUGCGAGGCGGCUGUCACCCAGGCGUUGUAUCUUAUUUAUACCGGAAUCGUCCUCACCGAGAAUGAAGCGACCGACCUUUUCUUUCUCUCUACGAGGUUGUUUCAGUCCGACAAUCCGACGCUUCGCCGUCUCUAUUAUGUGCUAAUGAAGGAGCUCGGUCCACUUGUAGAGCGAAGUUUUAUAGCAUCGAAUUCCAUCAUGCUCGACAUCAAGAACAGCAGCGGGAGCGCGAAGAGUAACGCGCUUCGCACACUGUAUGCAGUGAUGGAUCGCGAUAUGUAUACAACCGUGGAUCGCACCAUCUUAGAAUGCAUCACCUCACAGUCUCCCGUUGUCGUGAUGGCGGCGCUGGUCACGGGUAUUCACAUCUCAAACACCAAUCCGGAAAUGCCCAGGAAGUGGGCUACGCAGCUCACGGAGGUGAUGAAGGGGCGCACGAAGACGCAGUAUCCUUGCAUAGCCCUGCAGCACAAACUGCGCAAAGGUGACAAACUCUCAGUUGGACGCCUUGUUGACCAAGUCAGAGGCGGGCAGAUCCAAUCCCCUCUGGCGAUUUGCUCGGUGAUCAGGAUGUGUGUGGAGCUUGUCAACGAGGACUUCGACAACUCUUUCCCUGAUAUCUACAACUUCUUCAAAGGUAUUAUGCAGAGUAGCAGUUGCGACAUACUUGUGUUUGAGGCCUCCAAGGCGAUCUGCUCCAUACGCAAUAUCACAAGCAAGGCACUCGCCCCAGUCGUGAUGGUGCUGCAGCUCUACCUCGCCUCACCGGUCUCCGUGCUGCGUUUCGCGGCUAUUCGUCAACUCAACGCCAUCACGGUGCGGUAUCCAGAGGUGGUUGCACCUCUGAACAGUGAGAUUGAAACCCUGAUGUUGGAUUCCAACCGCAUCAUAGCGACUUUCGCUAUCACUUCGUUGCUCAAGACGGGAACUGAGGAAACUGUGGAGCACCUGGUUGAAAAGCUGUCACCGCAGGACUACAUGCACGAGCUAGGGGAUGAGUUUGCGAUUGUUAUCGUGGAUGCCAUGCGGAUUCUUAACGCGAAGUUUCCUAACAAGUACAUGUUGUUUCUGUCCUUUCUAUUAAAGUUUCUGGUUAGCAAUGGCAGCAAGGAGCUGAAGGAAAAAGUCCUCAGUAGCAUGAUAGAAGUCGCCACGGUCAAUCCCGAGUCGAAGUAUUGUGUGAUGAAGCACUUAGCAGAGUUUAUUGACGACUGUGAGUACGCUGGUUUCACGAAGCGCGUCUUGACGUACCUGGGAAACGAGAUCGCGAGUUGCAAGAAUCCCAGCAGCUUUGUGAGGUAUGUAUGCAAUCAUAUUACUCUUGAUGCCUCAGACAUCCGCAUUGUUGCGGUAAGCACACUCGCCAAGAUCGGCGCGCGUGUUCCAUCCCUACGGCCCUCGAUUCUCGUACAUCUGAAAAGGUUGUGGAACGACUCCGAUGACGAGGUACGCGACCGCGCGUUGCUCUAUAGCAAGCUAUUUAUCAUGAACAACGAGGCGUUGAUUAACUCCUACAUCAACGACGUCGCCGACGCCGUGGCGGCGAGACGGCGGGCUCAGCACCUAUCGAACACCUCUGCCCUGCGGCAGCAGAUCAACGGGGUUGGGGGGCGCACUCCAGGGUUGGGCGGCCAGCUGUUGGUCGAGGCUGAGGCCAGGGGGGCCAUGGAGAGCCCUGAAUCGGACGCCCACCCCCAGACCUCCGACGCGCGCGCCCUGACCUCCGUUGUCCAGGGCCGCCUGGAGCUGCGCCGGAUUAAGCCGCUUCGCGGCUUAGGGGAACCCAUCAAGAGCACGGAGCCGGUCACCCUCACGGAGCCCGACAACGAAUACGUCGUGACCGUGAUGAAGCACGUGUACCCGGAGCACCUGGUGCUGCAGUUCGCGAUUGAGAACACGAUGGAGGAUAUGUCCUUCGCCAAGGUGAACGUCUGCGCCGACACAUCGGAGCUGGAGGAGGCCGAGCCCCUGUACGCGAUCCCGGUGGAAGAGAUCCGGCCUGGGGAGACGCGGUACAGCUACAUCGUGCUCCAGUACGCCCCUCAUAACUUCCCUAGUGGCCAUGUGGAGUGCUCAUUGCAAUUUUCUAUUCUGGAAGACAGCUCCGAUGACCAUUCGAGCCCGGAUGAAUACAAUAUCGAAGGGUUUGACGUUCUCCUGAAGGAUUUUGUCCUCCCCGCGACGGAAAUAAGCUCGGAGGAUGAUAUGGAGGCGGCGUGGAAAAAUGAGGAGGACAAUGAAACGGCCCGGACCUACGCGAUUCCUAGUGCACAAAACCUAUCCGAGGCUGCGCAGAUGUUUGCACAGUUCUACGGCAUGCACGUCCUGAAUGAGGUGCCGGAGCAAAUUAAAAGCAGUUCCCAUACCUUACUCAUGGCAGGUCGUGUUGCAGACGAGCAGCGCACACUUCUGCUUGUUCGCAUGCGGGUUUUUGUGACCUCCGAAAUGUCGAUCGCGCUUCAGCUUACUCUGCGCGGCGGCGAUGAGGGGCUGCGUCAAUACUUUGUGGACUGCCUUCUCGGGUGA